CACUGAUAGGUGGCACUGACUGGCGGCACUGCUAGGCAUUGACUGCCGCAACUGCUGGGCACUGACUGGCACAACCGCUGGGCACUGACUGGUGGCAGCACUGCUGGGCUGCAUUGAUGGGCACUGAUGGGUGGCACUGGUGGGCACAGGUGGGUGACACUGGUGGGCAUAGGUGGGUGGGCACAGGUGGGUGGCACUGCUGGGCACAGGUAGGUGGCACUGCUGGGUGGCACUGGUGGGCACAGGUGGGUGCACUGCUGGGCACAGGUGGGCGGAACUGGUGGGUGGCACUGCUGGACACCAAUCAUCAGGGCACUAAUCAUCAGUGCCCUGAUGGUCGGUGCCGAUCCCCGCUCUGACAACUGCCAGUUCUCGGCAGUACUUUCCUCAUGCUCUGACAGCGUGAGAAAAGUGCAGCCGAGAACUGGCAAUUGCAU